AUGACUUCCACUUCUAGAAAGCUGGCGCUCGCAGUGGGUGCACCGCCGCAGGCACAGACUAGCGGCGUCGUGUGUCCCGGGUACGAGGACAAGAAGCCAUUGAUAUGGCUUGCCCCUGGCAAGGUUAAGACCCGGACGUGGAAACGGAAGAGCCCUCCUGCCAACAAGAAGAACGACAAGGUCUCAUCAAAGGACGGUACCAAAGGGCAAACCGAGUCGGAGAUCGCAAAGGCUCUUAGAUCCGACGUAUCGGGUACUCGCUUGGACCGCACUGUGCACAUCUUUCCCGGUUAUGAGUUGAGAGAUGAGACUUGUGACAUUAUUGAGGCUACACUCUAUUGGAACGAUCAGGUCUACCCAUUCUUCGCAGCGAAUCAGUUGACCAACAGCCCGUGGCUUGUACCUGUGACGUACGUACAAUACAUGGGAGUCCCCAUCCAACACGCUCUCGUUGCGAUGGCCAUCGACCACCGCAUGCUGCGCUUGUCCAAGAAGAAAAACGACAUGUACCAAGCAGAAGUUCGAGCCCGCUUCCAUCAGCAUCGAUGUACGGCAAUCCAGGCCUUGAAUGAAGAGGUUAGCCACCGUAAUGAAAAGAGAAGAAUCUCUGACUACACGAUGGCAGCGGUCAUUGUAUUCUUAUACGCAGAUCUCAUGGGAUCAGUAACGGCCGACAACUGGAGGCACCAUCUCAACGGUUUCAUGGCCAUCAUCGAGAUGCGCGGUGGCUUGAGAAGUGUUUGCGACGCCGCGGCGGGCUACAAGACUGUGAUCCUGUUCUGCAAGAUCAUCGAGAAUAUGGCAAACACAACCAGCCCCGCAUACGACCUAGUGUCACCCCUGCUCAAUUUCAAGAUGAGAGACCUCAUCCAGGAAGUCUACGAAACAGGAUACUACCCCUUCCUCCCCUGUCCUGUAGAACUUUUCAUCGACGUCAUCUGCAUCAAUCGCCUUAGAUACCUCGCAACGCAGCCAGAGUCAUCAGAUACGCUCGACUCCCUCCAGACCGAGGCCGAAGACCUCCUUGAGCGCAUCAUAGACUUCUCCCCCGAAAGUUGGUCGUCCGCCAAGACCGAAUCGCAAGACGACUUCCUGACAAUGGCGCAGGUGUACCAGUCCGCCGUCGUAGUCUUUGCCAUCGCAUCCCUCCAGAGCGUUUGUGUGAUACCCGCUUCCGCGGGCUGGCGGGCCGUGAAGACGAUACAUGGCAGCAAGCUCAUGACCCUGCUCGAGAAGGCCGCCGGGUCCCAGGUCCUAAGGAGCUGCGUCAUGUGGCCGAUGAUUGUUGCUGGGUUCGAUGCUAAAAUGGGAAGCGCGGCGGCGAGGUCGUUUAUUUCUAAGCGUUUGGCUGAUGAAAGUGUACAUCUGGGUGCGUAUUUGCCCCUGGCGACAAAAGAUAUUCUGGAGAAGUUUUGGUCGUCUGGGAAGAAGAAUUGGGAAGAGUGUUUCGAUACCCCGUAUGCUCUAGUUACUUGA